AUGAACUUCGUGUUUCUUUCCGCGUGUCUGAGUUUGCUCGGUUCGCCGUUGCCAUCAUGCGAUGCUUUCUCUGUACACGGAAGGGCAUCAAGGAAGGCCGCUCGUCGUUAUUUGUCCACAACUGCCACGGAAGAUGACAAUCAAGAAUCCAAUGCGGAGAUACGCCUAUUACCAUUGGAACCCAAAGAUUCCUCAUCCCAGUUGUCGGAUGAAGAACUGCUGCUGGCUUGUAGAGCCUACUUGCAGAAGAAGAAUCGGUUGGGACAAUGGAAGGAGGCAAAGGAACGAAAAAUGAAGCGCGAGCAACAGCAAAAGCUGGCCAUGGGAUCCCAAUCAGGAGGUUUCUUUUGGGACGAUCCCAGUGAACUCAAGUACUACCAACAGUCAACAACACACGGUGAUGACAGCCUUGCAUCCGCUGACGCGACAACCGACUUUUGGGAGUUGGAUGCUGGAGGAGUAAGUAGAAGUGGAAAUAAUAAUGGCAGUGACAAUGACAAUGGCGAAAGAGCCACACAGGAGCAACAACAGCAACUUCCCUUCUCAAAUCACAUGGCAACCUCUCUACUGGAACAGGUAUCGUUUGAUUUCAAAGGUCAAUCGGAAAACGAUCAUCUGGAUGAAUGGGCACGCGAAUUCUCAACAUUUGCGGCAGAGCCAUCGGAAACAAGAGUCCGGCGAUGUCAAGGAGCCAAAAAACGAUGGGAGGACCCUGAAUGGAAGGCGAAUUGGUAUGAGAAACGUUGGGGAUCCAAAAAGAAAAAGGCAACAAAACAAUCAGCAGGGUCCACUCUGUCCACCAGCCAGAAGAAGUCACCAGCCUUUACCAUGGAGUUUAUGAAUUCUCCAGAAUUCAAUAGUUUGACGGAGGAGGAAAUCUCACAAGCUACAACCAUGUAUGUACAAGCCAAUGCCAAGAGGGCCAAAAGCUUUAAACAGACACGUCGCCAACAAAAAGAAUUCUUGGAGCAGCAGAACCUUGCACUGCUGCUAGAUGAUGAUGAUAACAACCAGCAACAAGAUGCUCCGCCAAUCCCAAGGGAUGCUUUGCUGUCGAAUCAAAAUGCCAUGAUGAGAGAGCGCCAUAAAGUUCGCUCGGAAACUGCCAAGAAAGCCUAUCAAACACGACUACAAAACAGUCUCAACCACAACAGCAGCAUGACUAUGACUGCUGAUGAGGAGAGAGUGUCACAACAACAAACAGUGAGACCCACAGGCGAUGAGCCUAAGAAUGCCCUGAAAAGGAUUGAGAUUGAUUUGGAUCUGGAAAGGAUGCCCCUGCUGGAUGAUCUCAUUCUCAUCUCGUCAAAAGGUAACCUGGGAGGGCGGAAACAACUCAUGCGAAGGCUCUUGGCAGAACGACUCGGAUUGCGAGGCAAGUGUGUCCCAGCACCCACCAAGAGUGAUCCAGACAACAUGAUCUUUGUCACAAAUUGUACAGUGAAGCAGCUCGUGGACUUUGUGAUUGCCAAAGUGAAGGAACAACAAUAG